GGAAGAGACGAUUUCACUUUCUGUUUUGGUGAAAUGAUAGGAAAAGUGCCAGGUCAGUUUCCAACUCCAGAUUAUUCUUCGACUUUCCGUGGAUCUUCAUUCAAACAUCUCUGUCGAUGGACAACAAGAAGGCAACACGCACCUGCGGCCAAUGGUGAGGGUUAACUUCAUGUGAGUCGCGUUGGAGGAGUACACACCAAAUUACGUUUCAAAGUAUGGUUGUUUCAGGUUGUUCUGAUCACUGACAGGUGAAUAUACCACACCCGGACUUAAACCAAUAUGGACGUCGAACAAAUCGGUCGGAGUCACAGUUCGGCGUUCCCGCACACCGAAUAGAGUGGUUUGUCAGUAUGAUGUUUACAGCUGUUGCACCGACACCGCACAAAGCAGCGAGCACUGGGAUGAAGUCCUGCCGGGUGCGUUGUGUCAGACGGUAUUUGUAAGAGACUGAAAAGAAUUGGAGAUCCCGACACUGUACCAGACGACAUCUGAUGAUAAGGCAAUAUGAAGUGCCACAAGGAGGUUGCAGAGACCAACUUCGCUCUGCAUGAAACGCACUGCAGUCGCUUCUUAUGUCUCUGUCCUGACUGUGAUGAAGCAGUUCCCAGAGAGCAACUGAACCAACACAGAGAAGAACAGCACACUCAGGUGAGAUGCUCCAAGUGUAACCAGAAGAUGGAAUGUUGUCACCUAAUGGAUCAUGAGUCUGAUGAGUGUGUGGAGCGUCUGCAGACCUGUCAGUUUUGCGAGCUGGAGCUGCCGUGGAAGGAGCUGGACAAACACAGUCAGGUCUGUGGGAGUCGCACCGAGCUCUGCAGGGACUGCAAUCGCUACGUCAAACUGAGGGACCAGCCGGAGCACAACUCGACCUGCUCGGCUACUAACAAUGGCUCAAGUCCUCCUCAAACUACCAGCACUCCACCAAAUAAGACGAAAGUAACAGUUAGCUGUAGCGGAUGUAUGAUGUCAUUUCCAGCUGAGGAUAUCGAGAAACAUGAGCUGGAGUGUGUCCAAGCAUCCAGGUGGGACUAUUAUAAAGAGGCUAAGCUAGAGGAGGAAAAAGUGCAGGAUGAGGGUGGAUUCUGCAGGCAGGUGACCCCCCUUCGGUUAAGCAGCACCUAUAAGGCAACCUCCCUGGCAGACAGACUCGGCAGAGGUCCCUGGGGUGAUGGAGGAGAUCCAGACCAGAUCAGCACUUGCCCCCACUGUCAUCUGGCCCUGCCACUCUUCACACUACGCUGGCAUAAGGCGAAAUGUCAAAUCUACAUUCUCUUGAAAUAAAGAGAACUCCACAGGGGAUAUGCUGUUUCCAAGGUCUCUGAUAAAAAUGCCAUUGGCGAAAGACGAGUAUUUGGGUUGUUCAAAUGUAAUUUUAUCAUUGCCCUACAUUAGAAUUUUUUUUUGAUGUUAAAAUGAAGGGGUACAUUUUUUUUUUAGUUUUAGUGACCUAUGCUGCUAAAGACCCCAUUAAUAACUAUUAAAACAUAGACUACAUGACAAAAUCUGAAUUCCUUUCAAUCAAAUAUAUUUAAACGCAUAUUAGGAUUCUGCUGAAGCAAGUUCCUGUGACAUUUUCUGUGUUUUAGUUAGUAGUAUUCAUAUUAUUUAGAGUAAGAGGGAAGUAUCUGACAAAGCUUACGUGACUGACAUCAUUUAGGCUAACGUUAUCAGCAUAAUGUUUUGUUAUUUGAGGUAUAUUAUACAUCUUUGUGAAAUGUAAUUUCUCAGAAGAUUAAAACAUUUUCAAAAAUUACCUCUUUUACUCCUCAAUCUAAUAAAAUGGGUCAUAUGUUAGUAAACUAAUGUUAUUUUUGUCAGUUGGUUUAGUUAGCUACAGCUACACCUGAGAGUUACUUGAUGUAAUUUUUAGUUAUAACUAAUCUGUACGAAAGAGCUAGAUUGUGUAGUGCAAGCCAUUUUAAUUAAGUGGCCUGUAAAUUUCUGCUCAGUAAACACUUCUGGUAGAACUAGGCUAAGUCUGACCUUACAAACAGCUUGUGCAACCGGAUCCCGUUCACCUUUUCACAGGUUACUUAUUGCAGAAUUCUGGCCCAUAUUAAGUGAAAUAUGGAGGUGUUUUAUUAAUAUGAUUAACUCAUACAUUGAAA